AGCUUCAGAGGAGAGCGUAACGUAGUUUUGUCAUCACUUCAGAGAUACCAUACUGUUAUGGAUUUUGUGAAUCGAAGCCACUGCUGACGUAGUAAAUCUUUGACUUGACGGAAGUGAGUACGGUACGUGCCAGAAUAACAUCAUCGCCAAUUCGAUAAUCUUCAUCUUUAUCAUUAUUUAGCAAGUUUUCAUAUGAACAUCUUUUUUUGGUUCAUCUCAACUGCCAUUAUCAGACGAAGAGGAAACUGACUGAAACAAUGAUGAACAACAACAAUCAUUUAGUCAACCUGAAUCCACAUCUGAAGAAAUACGAUGAAGACACUCUGUUUCAUAUUGGAUUCUCAUCCGCACAGGAUAAUCUACCAGAGAUGUUUGGUGAUGUCAAGUUUGUAUGUAUGGGGGGCACUGCUGGUAGGAUGAGGAAGUACUCUGAAGCGUUUUCCCGUGAGCUGGAGGUAGAAUGGACAGAUUACACAAAAGGCGAGAGAUAUGGUAUCUUUAAAGCUGGCCCUAUCCUCUGUAUAAGUCAUGGAAUAGGAAAGCCUUCAGCAUCAAUUGUCCUCCAUGAAGUCAUCAAGCUAGUGAAUUACGCUGGCUGUCAAGACGUAGUCUUUAUACGCAUGGGGACAUGUGGAGGAAUCAACUGCGAAGCAGGAACUGUCGUUGUCACUAAUAAAGCUCUAGAUGAAAUGCUUAAACCUGAAUAUAACUUGCAUGUUUUAGGUAAGUUGAUCACCCGUCCCACCCAGCUGAGCCAAGAAUUAGCAGAGGAUAUUAUAUCAUGUAAGCCAUCCAGCAAUAACUUCAGCAUUAUCAGAGGGAAUACAUUGUGUACAUCGGAUUUCUUUGAAGGUCAAGCACGUCUAGAUGGAGCAUUCUGCCACUAUGAAGAGGAAGAUAAGAUGGAAUACUUGAAGAAAGUCAGAGAUGCCGGAGUAAGAAACAUUGAAAUGGAAUCAGCGGUGGUUGCUGGUCUGUGUAAUGCUGCACAAAUUAAAGCUGCUGUGGUUUGCGUAACUCUGUUGGACCGCCUGAAGACAGACCAGAUAACACUCACGCACGAUCAGCUUUCAAAUUACGAGAAACGACCGAUGGAUGUUAUUCUUGCUUAUGUCAGUAAGAAAUUAGGAAAGGGCAGAAAAUUAUAAUCACAAAUAUCUAUUUUAUGAUUUUUGUAAAUAAAGGGACAUAGGGAUAGAGCUUUGCUGUUAGGAUUUUACUCAGCUUGUAGAAAGAUUUAGUUCAUCUUCUGCUGACUAGUAAUUACAUAGAGGAAAUAUUUUUGUAAUAUGCACUUGUCAUAUAUGAAUAGUGGUUUAGUUUGUGGAAUAAGAACGUCAGCAUUAUUGUAUUCUCUGGUUGAAGACCUUGUGCAUUGUUGUAUUUGAAUACAUAUUUAUAAGACAUUUUCUAGCAUCAGGUAAAAACCUGUCAUAGUUGUAUUCUACAAUGUGCUGCUAAUUGAUAGC